AUGACGGACUACACCGUUCAGCGAGUAACAGACGCAGACACCGAAAAUGUGUUGAAAUUUUUGAGAAGAACAUUCUUCGUACAGGAACCGGUGUACAAAAAGGUUGCCUUCACCACAUCGGAAAACGAUGAACGGCCUGAAUUGGAUAUUUACCUAAGAUACACAUUACCAGGCAUAUCAUUUAAAGCUAUUGAUUCCGAAGGCAAUAUCGUUGGAGUUCUUAUAAGUGGAACUCAGUCAAUUAGAGAUCGAUUGGAUAGUCUCUUGAUGAAAUACUGCACAGAUCCAAACCUUAAAAUGAUACUACAAAUGUCAGCGCUUAUGGAAAGUGGUGCACAGUUGAGGGCGAAGUAUCCUGAUGAAGAGAAGAUAUUCGAAAUAACAAUGGCAGCGACAGACGAGAAAUGGCAAAAUAAGGGUAUCAUGAAGACACUGAUGCAGGAAACAGAAAAAGUUGCAAAGGAAACGGGUUUGAGACUAAUGCGAAUGGAUACUACAAGCGCUUAUUCGUCGAAAGCUGCUGAAAAGUUUGGUUUCAAAUGUAUUUACAAAAGAGCAUUCACUGACAUCAACAUCAUUGUACCAGACCCACCUCACGAGUUCGAUCAAGUAUUUAUUAAGGAACUGUUUUGA